AUGGGGCAAACCACUCUCUCGGCAGCAGUGAUCAUAGCGGCAGCGGCGCUGAUGCUCUCCGCUGGAGUCCGAGCUCAAGUGGUGGACUCGUCGGGCACGUCCUGCGGCGGCGUGACCCCGCCAUUCCGGCCGGCCAGGUACAACCAACUGGGGCUCAACCUCACCUGCGACCGCACAAGCAAUCCGCCACGGCUAUUCCUCGGUGGCAGCGGCGGCCACUCGAUCCGUGUCGUUGACAUCACCCUGCGGAACGCCACCGGCGCCAUCGUCAACACCACCUCCCAAGAAUGGAGCGUCGCCUUGCAUGUUGUCGUCGCCAGCUCAAGUGGCUGCCCUCGGUGCAGCAGCAAAGGUCACAGUACUGGUUUAAUCAUCGGUCUAUCUACUGCUAUUGGUACUUGCCUUCUUCUCUUAUUUCUUUGUGCGAUAUUGCUAGUUCGUAAGGUUAAGGAACGAAGGGUGAAAAUAUUGAAGCAAAAUUUUUUCGGUCAAAAUCGUGGGCAGUUGUUGCGGCAGUUGGCAUCUCACAAGACAGGCAUGGCCGAGAGGAUGAUUAUUUCUCUGGAGGAGCUACAGAAAGCAACGAACAACUUUGAUGAGACUAGGCAGCUCAGUGUAGGAGGAAAUAGAACCGUGCACAAAGGGAUUUUGUCGGAUCUACAUGUUGUGGCCAUCAUGAAGUCAAACAUCAUGGUCCACAAAGAAAUUGAGGAGUUCAUAAAUGAAGUGGCCAUACUCUCACAGGUUAAUCAUAGAAAUAUCGUAAAGCUUUUUGGAUGUUGCCUUGAAACGGAAACUCCUUUGCUCGUCUACGAGUUUAUUUCCAACGGAACUCUCAGUGAUUAUCUCCACAGUAAACCGCUACGAUCCAUAUCUUGGGUAAUCAGACUAAGGAUCGCAACUGAAAUAGCCAAAGCUAUUGGUUAUCUUCACUAUAAUAUUUCUGUCCCAAUAAUACAUAGAGAUAUCAAGUCUCCCAACAUACUUUUUGAUGAAACCUUGACAUCAAAGGUGUCCGGAUUUGGGGCUUCAAGGUAUACUCACGUAGAUCGAAGAAUGGAAAUAAGAGCAGUACAAGGAACUAGGGGAUAUUUUGAUCCUACAUACUAUUAUACCGGAAGACUAACUGAAAAAAGUGAUGUUUACAGUUUCGGAGUAAUUCUUAUUGAAUUACUUACUAGGAAGAUACCAACCACAUAUGUGUCUUCAGGAGGUGAUGUACUUGUUGUACAGUUUGUUGCACUAUUUGAAGAUGGAGAUUUGGUUGAAAUACUUGAUCCACAGGUUCUGCGGGAGGGAGGAGAUGACCGACCGACCAUGAGACAAGUGGAGAUGUUGCUCGAAGGCCUCUCGGCACAUGUGAAGCGUGAAUAG